UUAUUUGGAGGCACCAGGAACCAUGAUAGGGACAUGUCCUCCUAAAGAUGACUCUAAACAGAAUGACAACUACAUCUGCAGAGACAUGGCCCCUGUCUAUGACCAUUUAUACUGGUGAGGAGAAUAAUAUCAACAAGUGGUAUGAAGAGGACAGGAAAAUCUACAGAAACAUGGCCGCUUCCUUGACUAGAGACAGUUGGAAAAGUGACGGUUUCACCUCUAGCGGAUGUAAGUAUGCGUGACGCAAACGGUCCAACCUCCGCCCCCUACAGGAAGUGACGUGACGCUCGUCAUCCCGGCUGCUCUCCAAUGAGGAAAGCCUGGGAAACUCGCAGAAGGAAUAUGAGAAGCACGUGAUCCUGUACAGCAUCCGCAACCAGCUGAGAUACCGCAACAACCUGGUGAAACAUGUGAAGAAAGAUGAGCGCAAGUAUUAUGAGGAACUCCUGAAAUACAGCAGGGAGCAUCUGAUGCUGUACCCGUACCACCUGUCCGAUAUCAUGGUGAAAGGCCUCCGGAUCACCCCCUUCUCCUACUAUGUGGGGAUAAUGGAGGACAUAAUGAACAGUGAGAAAAGUUACGACUCCCUGCCCAACUUUACUGCCGCAGACUGCCUAAGACUCCUUGGUAUAGGAAGGAACCAGUACAUUGAUCUGAUGAACCAGUGUAGAUCAUCUAAGAAAUUUUUCCGAAGGAAAACAGCCCGUGACUUACUGCCAGUGAAGCCGGUGGACAUCUCCAUAGAGGCCUGGUGGGUGGUGCAGGCCGGGUACAUCACUGAGGACGACAUCAAGAUUUGCAGCAAUGUGGAGAAAAGAACAAUUGAUAAAAUAAUUGAUUCCGGGCCUCAGCUGGCAGGUUCUUUGGAGCAUAACGUAGUGCAUAGCCUUUAUAAUAAAGGAUUUAUAUAUCUGGAUGUUCCAAUCUCCGAUGACAGCUGCAUAGCAGUGCCUCCCCUUGAAGGUUUUGUGAUGAACCGGCUACAAGGAGACUACUUUGAAACACUGCUUUACAAGAUAUUUGUUUCUAUAGAUGAACACACCAAUGUGGCAGAGCUUGCAAAUGUCUUGGAGAUCGACUUGUCUUUAGUAAAGAAUGCAGUUUCCAUGUAUUGCCGAUUGGGGUUCGCCAUUAAAAAGGGACAAGUGAUCAAUCCGGAUCAGCUGCACCCGUCGUGGAGGAACGUUCCAUCUGUAAACAGACUGAAGACUACAUUGGAUCCUCAGAAGAUGCUUCUUUCCUGGGAGAGCACAGAAAGCAAGAGUCCUGUACAAGAUCUGGCCUCUUCGGCGACCGACACCGACACAAACAGCCAGGAAGAUGCAGCAGAGACAUCCAGUGUGAGCAGCCUGAACCUGACAAUUGGUCACACCAAGCGUAUUGCCUUCUUGUUUGACUCCACUCUCACGGCCUUCCUCAUGAUGGGUAAUCUGUCUCCGAACCUAAAGAGUCACGCAGUCACCAUGUUUGAAGUGGGAAAGUUGUCAGAUGAAACGUUGGACAGUUUUCUUGUGGAACUAGAAAAGGUACAAAACACAGGGGAAGGCGAGGCACAGCGGUACUUUGAUCAUGCACUUACUUUACGAAAUACCAUCCUGUUCCUGCGCCACAACAAGGAACUCAUUGCACUUCCUGAGCACUCAAAUGCAGGUUUACAGCUGGAUCUGUUGCGGUGUGAAAGCCUCUUGGGUCUGGAUCCAGCCACCUGCAGUCGUGUCUUAAACAAAAACUACUCACUUCUGGUGUCUAUGGCGCCUCUCACCAACGAGAUCCGGCCAAUAAGCAGCUGCACGCCCCAGCACAUCGGACCAGCCAUUCCUGAAGUCAGCUCCAUAUGGUUUAAACUCUACAUAUACCAUGUCUCUGGAUGUGGGCCGCCAUCCCUCUUACUGUCUAAGGGAACCAGGCUUCGCAAGUUACCUGAUGUCUUCCUGGCCUAUGACCGCUUAUUGAUUACAUCAUGGGGACAUGAUCCCGGGGUGGUCCCUACAUCCAAUGUCCUGGUGAUGCUGAACGAUGCCCUCACUCACUCUGCUGUUCUUAUUCAGGGUCAUGGGAUGCACGGAAUGGGAGAGACUGCACAUGUUCCUUUCCCCUUUGAUGAAUCGGAACUACAAGGAGAGUUCUCUACUCACAAUAUGGGCGUCCACAAAGCUUUAAAAGUCUUAAAGGAGAGGAUAGAUUUGGAGCAUUUCUGUGGGUACAUCACAAUGCUGAACCCCAACAUCCAUCACGUCAGCCAGAGGAGACUGAGCGACAUUUCUGAUGGCAAAGAUGAGUCUUGUCUGGCGUUGGGCUCUGAAGUCAAUGGCAGCACGGAGUCCUUUGAGCUUGUGGUUGAGGAAUUGGCAGUGGAACCUGGACAGAAAGCCAGUGAAGCACCAGCUGUCGAGAAGGACUGGGUGCCCCUUGAACUUUGCUAUGGAAUCCCGCUCUUCAGCUCCGAGCUCAACCAGACUGUGUGCAAAAAAAUCGCUGCCCAUGGACUAUGUGGAAAAGAGAGCCUUCAACAUCUCCUCCACUCCAGCCGGAAGCUUUCCCUUCAGGUUCUCAGCUUUGUUCAAUCAUUCCAGGAAAGCAACUUUGCAGGUGAACACAUGCCGGAGACCAGCACAUCGAGCAUGCUGGCACAGCCAGGCCCGGCGGACGUCGGAGUGCCUCUGCCGUCAAAGAAUGUAAUAUUUCAAGAUGGCGUUCUGUCUGAGUGGAACGGUCGGGCGCGGGUCUCCGCUCACCACGUGCACAUAGCAAGCGAGCAGGCUUGACACGGAGCAUGCCACCCAGCUUACCCAAGGAUCUCCUGCCCUGUCUGUGUUAGUAUUUAUUGCUGCUGUGUGGGUUAUGUUUAGCAGCGUAGAGUCUGUGGCCGGUCACUCUUGUGUCCUCUGACAAAUAUCCUGCAUUUCUUCUACAUUCCUAGAAUGCCUGUUGUAGAUUUAGGGGCAAACAUAGCAAGAAAUGAUCAAAAGACACCUUCAGUAAUGUUUUUUAAAAAAAGAUCAAGAACCUGCAACAAAUAUGUACAAUGGCAAUUUGUCCGUGGUUGCUGCCAUUGGAAGGGCACGGUCCCUCCACCACAACUCAAUUCUCUAUUUCCCGAAAGGUUCUCGAACUUUUUGAAAAAACUUUUUUGGAAAGUAAAAACCACUUGGUUCAGGAGAUGCCACUUUAUUAAAGGGGUAUUCCAGGAAAAAACUUUUUUUUUUAUAUAUCAACUGGCUCCAGAAAGUUAAACAGAUUUGU